GUACUGUCUUUUUUCACUGUAACAUUUGUGUCCCACUGAAACCUGUCCGGCGGAAGUUGUUUUCACGGCCUGACAAAAGAAAUGGCGAGCGGUAUCGGCAAACACAAGAUCCAGAAUGUGGGACCAACAGAGCCCUGGUCCAUCAGGGAGAAACUGUGCCUGGCCUCCUCUGUUAUGAGGAGUGGCGACCAAAACUGGGUGUCUGUAAGUAGAGCCAUCAAGCCCUUCUCGGAGCCCGGCCGUCCACCGGACUGGUUCUCACAGAAGCACUGUGCCUCACAAUACUCCGAGCUGCUGGAGGCCACAGAAGCACCCAAGCGUAAGCGGGGUGAGAAAGGUGAGGUGGUCGAAACCAUUGAAGAUGUCAUUGUGCGUAGGCUGACCACAGAGAGGAUAGAGGAACUCAAAAAACUCCUGCGAGACACACAGGAGCAGUACAGGAAGUUGAAGAAAGAGGUGGACCUGAUACAGACGGGUCACAUGGACUCCCAGCUGAAGGAGCUGUGGGCGGAGAUCACACUAAAGAAGAAGCAGGCCGAGGAGGAAGCCGAACAGAAAAGGAAAGCCACAGAAACCGCGUUCCAAGCUCGCCAGGCCAUGAAAAACACACCCAAGCGUCUCCCCAGUGUAACCGUACGUUCUCCCCUGGGUGCCAGCCCCCCCACUGUGGACCCUCCGGCGGAGUCCUUGGUCCCCGCGACGCCCAUGGAUACUGGAGGUGCUGCCUCCGAUGACACCCCUACCACCACUACCUCCACCACCAUGACUACACCCACCACCCACUCGGUUGCCCAGGGGAUCGCUGUCUUCCUCCCAGCGCUGGAUGCUCCAGGCCUGGGGCCCAAAGAUGGAGGCCCAGCCCCUCAAGUAGAUGAUUCGCCUCAGAAGAGGCUCUUAACCCAGAAAUCCACGCCGCCGCCCUCCCCUCUCCUGUCGGAACUGCUGAAGAAGGGCAACCUCAUCUCGGCCAGCCCCCGCCUGGUCGGGGAGGGAGACUCUGUUGGAAGCCUCACCAAUGGAGUUCAGACAGCCACUGCAGCCACUGCCUUACCACCAGGCCAUGUAGUCAUCAGCGCAGAGAGUGAAGCUGCAGUGAAGGCAGAACUCAGUGAGGAGGCGGGGUUAGUAGAAGAGGACCUUGUAGCAGUGUCCUACAUGGGAGAUGAGUUGGACCUGGAGACAGUGGGGGACAUCAUUGCCAUCAUAGAGGAGAAGGUCGACGACUCUGUGGAGGCCUUGGAUGCAGCGGCGGUGGAAGCCGCUCUCUCCCUGUGUGAAGAGGCCGUCUCAGAAGGACACACUCUCCCGGGCCCCUGGGAGACCCACGAGCUGAAGGCUUCGGACCCGCCACCCGCGCUCCAAGACCCCGACCCCGGUCAGGAGCCUCAGGACGAGGUCGCCAUAGCCGCCCUUAUUCCUGCGGGCGUGGAGACCCAGGAGCAGCCGGAAACCAAAAGAGAACAUCUCAAGGGACACUGUGAUGGACCCGAAGUAACCGCAAGCGAGGUCACCUCUUCGGUCGCGUCUGACGAUGGUGCCACAGGAAGUGAGGUUACAGAGGAGGGGGCGGCAGGGAAGGAGGCCACUGAGGCGACGGUCAAGAGCGAGGGGGAGGAGUGGAGCCAGCCGGAGCCCAACCCGCCAUGCCUCGACUCUGAGGACAGCUCUGUGUCCGGGAAAGAGUCCAAGGAGGUGAAGGAGGAGGAGGCCGGUAGCGAAGGCUACCCAGAAGAAGGGAUAGAGCUGAAGGAGGAGUGCGGGGACGGGGAGGUGGAGGGGGAAGGGGAGGGGCCCUAUCUGUCAGAGGUGGAGCGGGCCGCCAGCGAGAGUGAGGACGGUUACGGGCCGCCCUCGCAGCGCUACACAGCGGACUCCCUGGCCAGCAGCCCGGCCUCGUCCUCCCAGCUAUCUACAUGCGGUGAGGACCAGGAGGCCGUGCAGGCCCAGAAGAUCUGGAAGAAAGCCAUAAUGCUGGUGUGGAGAGCUGCAGCCAACCACAGGUAUGCCAGCGUCUUCCUGCAGCCGGUGUCUGAUGACAUCGCCCCUGGUUACCACAGCAUCGUACACAGACCCAUGGACCUGUCGGCCAUAAAGAAGAACAUCGAGUCCGGCGUGAUCCGCACCACGGCCGAGUUCCAGCGCGACAUCAUGCUGAUGUUCCAGAACGCCGUCAUGUACAACUCGUCGGACCACGACGUGUACCACAUGGCGCUGGAGAUGCAACGCGACGUGCUGGAGCACGUGCAGCAGUUCCUGGCCACCCAGCUCAUCAUGCAGACCUCGGAGAGCGCCAUCUCCGCCAAGAGCCUGCGCGGCAGGGAGGGAAACCGUAAGCCAGGAGAGCCGGCUGAGAAGGACAGUGUCCCAAUGGCCUCUCCUGCUUUCCUUCUCUCUCUCUUUGACGGAGGCACUAGAGGUCGCCGUAGUGCCAUGGAGGCCGACCUCAAAAUGAAGAAAUAAGACCUUUCAAAUAAGCGAGACAGUCACUCAGAGAUGGAGGUGAAAAGUAAAUGGUCACUUUAGUUGGAGUGUGUGUGUGUGUGUGUGUGUGUGUGUGUGUGUGUGUGUCUACACACUUAUUGAUCUGUACUUUAGUGUGGACGCUUGUGUGUCUGAGAAAGCUGCCCCCAGCUGCUGCUUCUCCGCUUCGUGUGGUUUACGCCGUGAUGGCAGCGAAGAACAUUUUCACCAGCAACAAGUUUGUUUGGGAUCGACUGACAAAGUGCAGGAGGAAAUGUGCUCGUCGGACAUGACCCCGUUGAAUCAUGGAUGCAUUGAUGCUGCUUGAUGGAUGAUUCCUUUUUUUAACGGAGAGCUGUGCACAGACCUGUGCCCGGCCCUCGGAGGUGAAAGAAUACUGGACAACAUCAACAACUGGUUGCUCUCUUUCAGUCAGCUGGCCACUACAUUUACCAGUAGUUGUGGCCUGUUCAUUUCAAAUACGGACACAUAUAUCAUUGUGUUUGGUACGGACGUUUCAUUAAAGUACACUCUUGCAUUUGAAAAUGAAAUACUUUAUCAUUUUAUUUUUUAAUUCCAGAAUACAAGCCAGCCAUCAUUGAAGUCAUUUAAUGCAUUUAGUUAAUUUACAUGCAAGAGGUCCCCAGACUUUAAAUGCCUGAGCAGUUUUGGGAAUAAUGUCACGGUUCCAAAAACAAUCGAGAGUAUUAAUUUUAUCUUCACCUCGAAUGCCACUGCUCUUUCGUCAUGUCGUAGUUGAGAAUUGAAUGGAAACCAAUAGCUGCCUUUUGAAGGUAGAAAGUAAAAAAAACUAGACCCUAUAUUCCAUGUAAAAUAGUCUGGUGUUUUGUUGAGUGUUAAUGGGCUGAAACGUAGGAUGUGGAGUUUGUUGGUGCUGAAGUAGUAUUGAUGCGUCCCACUUAGGGUGUAGCCAGUGUGUGCUUUGCAGGUAGCACCAUAACAUGGUGGUGAAUGUGUCGUACAAAGAAGUUUUGUACCUGUAGAGUUGUUUGGGUAGCUGAUACAUGUCUCAUGUGCUGUUGUACA